GCCUGCGCAUCUGGCCGUGCUAGCAGUAUAAAAUAAUAGGUUUGUCCGAGGCGGGGGCUAUUGCACAAACAUCCCCGGGUCAGGCAGGACAGGACUGUGAUUGAUAGGUAGGGAACAUCGUCAGGACCGACCCACAGCGCCACCACACCCUUACACAAGUCAGACAAGUCAACUCUAAGCCCGAGUUUAGAACGGAAGGGAAAUUUAGACGAACAUUUGUGGCACUUUUUGCAACUUUCUUCAAGGACUAGUACAGUUAUACUGACAUCUCAAUUUAUACUUUAGUAGAAUCAUUCUGACAACCCAUAUUAUACUUUAGAAGAGUCAUACUGACAACUAUACUUGCUUUAUAAGGAAACCGCUUUAUAAAAGAACAAAACUGACUGAUACCCAGAAGCAAUUCUUCGUGGAAGUGUUUCCGUCAUCUUUAGCUGCGCAAAUACCGCGAGCUGACUGAAGUCUGUGCCGAAAGACGGGAGGAACCAUGUUACAGUCUCAAGUUGCUGCUGUCGCUGUCGUGCUGCUGGCCGUCGUGCUGGCGUGCAGGGCCGAGCCGUCCACCGAUGACGCCAACAACGACGAAAGUUUAUCCGACCUUGGCCCUUUUGAGAGCUACAGCGACCUCGACGAGCGCAUGAAGCGGCUGAAUCAGUUUCUCAGAAUUGGCCGGGGCGGCAACUUCGUCCGCAUCGGCCGAGCCAACAGCUUUUUACGGAUCGGGAAAAGUGACGGAGCCGCGGAGGAUGAGCAAUACGAUGAGCCAGAGAAGAGGGCCUCGUCGUUCGUGAGGAUUGGACGGAUGCCACACAUGAGCCGCUUUAUCCGGAUCGGUCGGGCGCAAGGCAAUGAUGACGUCACUGAGGCUUUCGAGAACCCGUUUGAAGAGGACAAACGAGCGUCUUCUUUUGUCCGCAUCGGGAAAAGUCCGUCUAGCUUUGUCCGGAUUGGUAAAUCCUACUUGGAUGAAAAUGACUUUGAAAAGAGAGCUUCAAGCUUCGUUAGGAUUGGGAGGUCAGUGCAGGAACCUCAAGAAAUGAACCAAUACGACGAUAAAAGAGCAUCAUCAUUCGUCAGAAUCGGGAAAGCCCCUUCAAAAUUUGUUAGAAUCGGGAAAGCCCCAUCAUCGUUUGUAAGAAUAGGUAAAGCGCCAACUUUUGUUUCUAUGGGAAAACUGGACAUGGAUUCCUUAGAAAAUGAGAAACGGGCCAGCAGCUUUGUCCGUAUCGGUAAAAGCCCGGAUGACCAGCUUUACGGACCAGAGAACGACAAGAGGGCGUCCAGCUUUGUCCGGAUAGGCAAGUCUCCAUCUAGUGACCAGGACGCCAGCGUGUCCGGAUCAGAAAUAUCCGAUGACAAAAGAGCGUCCAGUUUUGUCCGGAUCGGUAAAUCUGAUCACGGCGCUGAAACUGAAGAAGAGAAGCGAGCCUCUAGUUUUGUCAGGAUCGGAAAAUCGGACAUUUCUGCGGAUAAAAAAGCUUCCAGUUUUGUGAGGAUCGGUAAAUCGGACAAAACCUCGCCAGCACUCACCGAGUCAAUGAACCGUUACAGCGAAGAUUUCAACGCCGAAGAAGAACCAAUCAACAUUGCCAAGAAGAGCUCGGCCUUUGUUAGAAUCGGGAAAAUCCCAUCUUCCGCUUUCGUGAGAAUCGGGAAAAACAAUGGCAUCGUGAUGGAGCCCUCGAGUAAUGGCCAGUCGUCCUUCAUCAGAAUAGGAAAAUAAAGAUUUUAAAUAACUGUAUCUACGAAACGUGUUUUGUCUCUUAGAAAAAUAAGUUGUUUUUGCGGGAACUAAAUUCUAGACAGUGUGAAACAAAAAGUUACAUUCAUCCUAAUUGGCCCUGAAAAAAAAAGAUUCGCAGUCAAAGGUUCACUUCUAUGCUAUGCACGGGCUUAGUUUUAAAAACUGUUUACUGACUGUAGCAUCAAGCAUAUAAAAAUUUAAUUACCACUA